AUGCUUCGUCUCUCCAGCCCGGCCAAUGACUCGCCGAACGACGAGAAAUCAAAUCUGCCGCCAUGCUGCGAGGGCAAGCCAGCUUCGUGCUGCGACUUGACUUGUGUCGACCGUCUGGCAUUGCGGGCAUGCGAGGACAAGAAAUACUGCUCAAUAGAACAUAGAGACGCCUCCAGUGCUGACCAAGAGGAGCCAUGCGGCUACCAUUCGCGCAAGACUCGCGACGCUUACGGAGCCACUCUGGAAGCUCUCGGCUGCAUCUGCCGCGCACUGCUCGCCCUUGGAGAGGAUUCCUGCUGUCUCCCCAAGGGGCGAUCCUAUGUUGAGCGCCGCCACAGUCUGAAGCGCCCAUCGCGCCGUCUGCGACCUGCGGUAGCUCCCCCAGCAUCAUGCUAUUCCUCUCCAUCCCAAGCCAAUGGCCAAUGCCACCCCCGCUCCAGCCGCUCCAGCCGCUCCAACUCCAUUGCAGACUCAGACGCAUCCGAUGACUGCUGCUCUGCCGGUUCAUGCGGGAGACGACAACCGGCCGCGACGCGCGACCCUUGCUCAAAAGGGUGCUGUGGCGGCAAGGCCCCAUCGGUCGGGGACAAGCCAGCCCCUGUGAAACAUACAGACGAGACAUGUUGCAAACCCAGCGGCAGUAUUUCCAAGGAUCACGCUAUCGCUUCUGCUGAUGUCGAGAAGGGGCUUUGCGGACGGGAGCACGUCAUCCUCAGUGUCUCCGGCGUGACAUGCACCGGCUGCGAGACCAAGCUGCAACGCGUGCUCAGCACUCUGCCGUCUGUCAAGAACCUCAAGACUAGCCUGGUGCUUACGCGGGCAGAGUUUGAUCUCGACUUCGGCAGCGGUUCCCUAACUGAGGUGCUCAAGCACUUGGAGAGGACGACCGAGUUCAAGUGCGAGAGUGUGGGCCAGCAUCCGUCCACUGUCGACAUCCUGCCGAAGGGCGUCACAGAUGUCGUGGCUGUAGACAAGCAGACUGUGCGCGUCGCCCACGACCCCGAACUUGCCGGGGCGAGGGACCUGCUUGAAGGCGGCUGGGGCGAUCCGCUAGAACUUGCACCUCUCGGCCCCGAUCCCACAAUCGCAGCGGGCAACAAGCACGUGCGACACAUGGGUUACAUGACGGUGCUUUCCAUCGCCCUGACCAUACCGGUCCUGGUUCUGGCCUGGGCGCCACUGCCUGAGCAUGAGAUGGCCUACAGCUUCGCGUCUCUUGCCCUAGUCACCGUCAUCCAGGUCGUGGUUGCGGGGCCGUUCUACCCUAAGGCGCUCAAGGCUCUAGUGUUCUCGCGCGUCAUUGAGAUGGACCUCAUCAUCGUCCUCAGCACCAGCGCCGCCUAUGUAUUCUGUGUCGUGUCCUUUGACUACUUUGUCUCUGAGCAGCCUUUGUCGACAGGGAGCUUCUUUGAAGCCAGCACACUUCUUGUUACGCUGGUCAUGCCGGCCACUGCAAUUCUCAUCGACAAAACUAGUGGCAGUGACCGAGAGAUCGACGACCUCGCCUGCUUCAGUAUGGUGACGUAUUCCGUGUCGUGCCAAAGUCGAGGCUCCCAACCGAUGGUACGGCCCGUCGAGAAGCACGUUGGGUCUGCUUUCAUCGCAGGGGCCGUCAACGGAUCAGGAACUCUUACAGCUCGGGUCAUCCGCCUCCCAGGCGCCAACACCAUUGAUAUGAUUGCAGGCAUUGUCGACCAGGCGAGGCUAUCCAAGCCAAAGUUGCAGCACAUCGCCGACCGCGUGGCGAGCUAUUACGUCCCGGUCGCCGUUGAAUUGAUGGUCGUCACGCUUGUCGCUUGGAUCGCUGUUGGUGUUGCCGGCCCCCACCAAUCAGGAGCUGAAGCGACUAUCCAAGCCAUUACUUAUGCCAUCGCGGUGCUCAUUGUCUCCUGCCCUUGUGCCAUCGGCCUCGCAGUGCCUAUGGUCGUUGUCAUCGCCACGGGCGUCGCCGCCGAACACAGCGUCAUCUUCAAGUCCGCUGAGAGCAUGGAGGUUGCGUAUCGGGCAAGCCAUGUUGUCCUUGACAAAACCGGCACCUUGACUGAAGGGAGGAUGUCUGUUGUAGCCGAGCAGUAUGUAAAUGGAGACAGCCAUCCGGUGUCUGUUGCGGUUCGCGCGCAUCUCAAGUCGAACUGGAAGGAUGUCUCAGUGGCCGAAGUCAUCGGGACCAUCAACGACACUCUCGCCGCCAUCUUCGGCCUGCAGGACUCCCUUCGCCAGGACGCCCUCACCACCAUCCAAGCCCUCCACGGCCGCAACAUUGUAGUCCACGUCCUCUCGGGCGACGACGACGGCGCCGUCCGCCGUGUACCGGACCACCUCAAUAUCCUGCCGUCACGAGUCCGCUCCCGCUGCACACCAGCCAACAAACAGUCCUACAUCCAAGACUUGCUCUCCACUAGCCCCAGCGCCCGCGAAGUCAAACGCCCUGGGUAA